AUGUCCAACAGGGGAGACUGGGCCUGGCUGGAGAUGUGCCCCAAGGGCUUCUACACCAGUGGCGUCAGCUUCAAGGUAGAGCCACCCCAGGGUGUGAUGGAGGAUGACACGGCACUCAACGGGAUUUGGCUGCACUGCUCCCGCAGUGGGGACCCCAGUGGCGGCUACACAGCUGAGUCCCAGAGUGGCAGGCUCCUGAGCAAUGAAGUGGCCACCACCAGUGCCCACUUUGCCUGCUCUGAUGGGCAUGUCCUGGAGGGGCCAGGGUCUGCCUGGGGCCAGUGGGGUGGCUGGAGCCCCCGGUGCCCCCGCGUGGUGUGUGGCAUCCAGACACAGCAGGAUCCUGCAUGGGGCCUGAAGAGGGAUGACACGGCCCUGAAUGAUCUGCAUCUCUUCUGCCCUUAA